AAAUUUAUCCAAUGAUUGAUGUUUGUAAGUGGCCACUAGAGGUCACUAAGUUCAUGCUUCCAUUGAAUGUCAAUCAUAUUACCGGGUUGAGACUGCAACCCCGGAAUCUGAAUAGCGACAGAUGGUUUCUCUGCUUGUGUUUUCUUGCCUGUGUCUGGGGGACUUGGAUAUGCCUUUUUGAUUAUAAAGUCAGCGAUUGUUGCAAGCAGCAUUAUAUUGAGGAUUUGCAGUUGCACCCCUUGGUGAGCGGAAUGAGUUUUCACGGUGCUUAUGAAGAAGAUUGAAAAUAAAUGAUUAACGUUACACCCGUUAGAGACUCUCUGCUUGUUAUCGGGAAACCAGGGGGCAGCUACAGUGAAAACUCAGCCGCUGAGCCAUCCAUCCACGCCAUCUUCGUUCAGCUGAUAUGAGAUCGGCCAACGCUACACGUGCGAGUGUGUGGAUUCCAUGGCUGCAGCGAGAGGCCUUCAUCGACUAAGCUGGUAAACUCGACUUGAGACAUCAAUAUAGAAGUCAGUGCCACAAACGGAAUUACAAGCUCAGUUAAUUCAUAUGGGACUUUGCACAUUUUAAGAAAAUAAAGAAAGGCAAUAUCCAAAUUACUUUAAGAGGAUUUUGACUGUGCUACAAGGUACUGUAAAUGCUAGACCAGUAAGACAAAGUACAAAGUCUAAUGGCACAAUUGUUUCACUUCUCCUGAAAGACUUUAACCCUUUAACUUGACAACUUUGAGAAACAAAUUGUCUGUUUGCAAAUUGUCAGCAGUAAUCUUGUUAAGACAUUUGUAUUGUAUCUGUUUACUCUUUGGGGUCCAGCACAAGUGUAAACGUCUGAUGUAAGUGGCAGCAUAGUUGAGAAGCCUAAUCCGUCAUUUACUUCAAAUUGAGUUUAGACGUAACCCCCCCCCCCAAAGCUUUAUAGUUCAAACAGAUCUACUGAGUCUUUACAAUGUCAUCUCCUGCCGACAAUAUGGAAAACCCUUCAGAAGCACACCAGACUAGGUCAAGCUCCCGUGAGCGUAGUUUAACAACAAAGGGUCAAGAGUUACGUGAACAGGAAGCAAUGAAAAAUGAAAGGACAUUCAACAAAGCCUAUGAUGCCUGGAAACACGUAGCAAAGGAGGUUAGAACCAAAUUAAAAGUUUUCUGCUCUGCUGAGGAUCUUGAUAGGAUUCAAACAGAAGUCAAAUCUAAACAAGCUAUAGUACACCAAAAUUAUGAACCCAUUCGACGCAAUCAAACCGCUACUCCAGUUAUCACCAAAAGAAUGGAUGCAUGUGACACUCUAACAGUUGAGAUCUGCGACCUGAGAGCCUAUAACAACUUUGAUGGUCUCGAAUGUUUUAAGGAAGACACAGAUCAGGAAACUCAGCAUGAUCAACAAGACAUGGGACCUGAGAUCUCGCUAAAUCCGCAAGCAGCACCUUUCCAGCCUCACUUUAUACCCUCCAACGUGAAAGUAACUCAGGAGGAAACAGGUCUCGCUCAGGCAAUUGCAAGCUCACUUACCUUAAGCCGCCUACCUGUUCCCGAACCGACUGUGUUCUCUGGUGACCCCCUAAAGUUCAUAGACUGGAGGAUAUCUUUCUUGGCUCUCAUCGAUCAGAAACCCCUUCCUGCUAGUGAGAAAAUGUUUUACUUAAAGAACUACCUCGCUGGGGAGGCACGUAAGGCCGUAGAAGGAUUUUUCUUCCACAACUCAGAGCAAGCAUACAAGGGCGCCUGGGCAGUCUUACAGGACAGAUAUGGAAGUCCAUUUAUUGUCCAAAGAGCAUUCAGGGACAAGCUCACAAAGUGGCCAAAAAUUGCGGCAAAUGAUCUAAUAGCAUUAAGAGAGUUCGCAGAUUUCCUUCAAGGCUGCGCCGAGGCCAUACCUCACGUCAAGGGCCUGAGCAUUCUAAACGAUUGUGAAGAAAAUCAUAAACUCCUUAAAAAGCUGCCUGAAUGGAUGAUACGCAGAUGGAGCCGUAUAGUUGUAGAAGAGCUAGACAGGUCUGGAGAAUUUCCAAGCUUUGCACACUUCACAGGAUUUAUGCAAGAAGAAGCUCGCGUCGCCUGCAACCCCAUUGCAUCCCCUCUCUUGAUGAACCUUAAACCUAGCGACGAGAGAUUCCCAAGAAGAGCUAAGGCACUCAACACAAGCAUACAAACGAAAAGCCCCAUCUCAGGAACCAUCGAAAACCCAAACUUGAGGCUACCUUGCUUAGUCUGUAAGGAUGAAACACACAGCGUCGUCAAGUGCCCAGCCUUCGCAGCAAAGACUCCAGAUGAAAAGAAAGCCUUCAUCCUCGAAAACCACCUGUGCUUCGGAUGCCUAAGGAAGGGGCAUAUUACCAAGGCAUGUAAGAGGCGUCACACCUGCGGUACUUGUGGCCGACGUCAUCCAACCUGUCUGCACAUAGACAGAGACAGGAAUCCCGCUGAACCUGCAGACAGAGAGUUUACGGCGCCAGGGAACCGUACAAGCAAGGAAAUUCAAAGGGUUAUGUCACAUGCUUUGACCCAGCAUAGCUCUGCUACAUCUAGCAUUGUUCCAGUUCUCGUGUCGUCAAUCAAAGAACCCAAGAAGGAAACACUCACCUAUGCCUUGCUCGACACCCAGAGCGACUCCACCUUCAUCUUGGAUGAUCUGGUUGCUGAACUUAAUGUAAGUGUACAGCCUGUGCAGCUUAAACUCAGCACAAUGACAGCUGUCGAUACAGUCAUAGCAAGCAAGGCUGUGUGCGGUCUACAGGUCCGGGGACUCAACUCUGAAAUUUACGUCCAACUACAUCAGGCGUAUGCACGAGAGUUUAUUCCAGUCGAUAAGUCUCACAUCCCUACUAGAGAUACAGCCCUCCAUUGGCCUCAUCUGAAAAGUCUGGCAAAAGAGUUGCACCCGCUUCAAGAUUGCGAGGUGGGUUUGUUAAUCGGCUACAAUUGUCCGUCAGCUCUGGCUCCUCUGGAAGUGAUCACUGGUGAACACAGCGAACCAUUCGCGCAAAAAACUCUGCUUGGAUGGAGCAUAAUCGGGUCAGCCAAUCCUUAUUUGGACAGACGAGGAGAUGAAAGCUUUGUGCAUCGCGUCGCAGUGAAGGAGGUACCAUUGGCCACUGAUGUGUUGAAAGUACUGGAGUCAGACUUUAAUGAGAAAGGUUACGAGGACAAGUAUGUAUCACAGAACGACGUUCACUUCAUACAGUUUCUUAAUGACAACAUUAAACAGAAAGAUGACGGCCGUCUCGAGAUACCUCUACCCUUCAAGGACAAUUGUUUCCCGACUCUACCGAACAACAAAAGGCUGGCUACUCUCCGACUGCAACACCUAGAGAAAAAGCUAAGGGCUAACAAACAGUACCUCGAGCAAUACAUUGCUUUCAUGGGUGAAAUUAUACAGAAAGGUCAUGCUGAGCCAGCCCCUCCACUUGCUGAAGGAGAAACGGUGUGGUAUAUUCCCCACCACGGAGUGUACAACCCUAAGAAGCCAGGGAAAUUAAGGGUCGUGUUCGACUGCUCGGCAAAGUUUCGAGGGAUCUCCCUGAAUGACACUCUGCUAACGGGGCCCGAUCUGAUUAACUCUUUAGUAGGAGUUCUUUGUCGCUUUAGAAGAGAAGCUGUGGCUGUGAUCUGCGACAUCGAAAAGAUGUUCCACCAAUUUAGCGUUUCGCCCAAAGCCCGCAACUACUUGAGAUUUCUGUGGUGGAAGGACGGAUUGCUGAACACAGAACCACAGGAGUAUAGAAUGUCGGUCCACCUUUUCGGAGCUGCAUCCUCCCCAGGAUGUGCCAACUUUUGUCUUAAAUAUCUGGCACAAAACAACAAGGAAAAACAUCCUGUAGCCUCUGAAUUCGUGGAAAAGAACUUCUACGUGGACGAUGGAUUAACCAGCGUCCCUACAGCCAAAGAAGCCAAAGAGUUAAUCAUCAGCGCUCAAGAAUUGUGUCAAGGUGCCGGCCUGCGGCUGCAUAAGUUCAACUCCAACCUUAAGGAAGUUCUUUCCUGCAUUGCUCCCUCAGAAAGAGCCAUAAGCACUGAUACUUUUAACAUCCUAACUGAUGCAACCUCAGAAGGACUCGUACUUGGUAUCCAGUGGUCAGCAGAAAACGACACAUUCAGUUUCCACGGUAAUGUAAAGGACCACCCCCCAACUCGCCGUGGUCUCCUGUCAGUUGUGGCUUCCCUGUAUGACCCUCUAGGGUUUAUAGCCCCCUUCAUUCUGAGUGGCAAACGCAUCCUGCAGGAGCUAUGUUGCAAAGGCAUUGAAUGGGACGACCCUAUUCCUGAGUACUUGCGUUCACGGUGGGAGGAGUGGAAAAACGACUUGCAGAAUCUUAAAGAAGUCACCAUACCUCGUUGUUAUCAUCCUCGAAACUUCGGCAAGAUCGUCAGAGUGGAACUGCAUCACUUCUCAGACGCUAGUACCACAGGUUACGGGGCCUGCUCCUACCUAAGAUACCAAAACGACAGGAAUGAGAUACACUGCAGCUUCGUUAUGGCUAAAGCGAGGGUAGCUCCUCUGAAGAUCACAAGCAUUCCACGAUUGGAACUCUCUGCCGCAGUCACUGCAGCCAGAAUGAGUAUCAUGCUAAAGGCGGAGCUUGACAUGAAAAUCGAGCAAGAAUUCUUCUGGACAGACUCACAAGUAGUACUCGCCUAUAUUAACAACGAGGCGCGAAGAUUUCAUGUGUUCGUGGCGAACCGUGUACAAUUGAUAAGAGAGAUUACAGACCCAAGCCAAUGGAACUAUGUAGACACAGCCCAUAACCCAGCGGAUUAUGCGUCUAGAGGUCUUCUUGUUCGUGACAUCUCCUCCACUAGCUGGUUGUCAGGACCCAAGUUUCUGUGGGACCAAAAGCCACUGCCCUUGCUUAAACCAUCUACCGAGUUGCUUGUAGGUGACCCUGAAAUCAAGUCAAUUCAAGUGCAUGCUACUCAAUCUAGCGAACAAAACGACAUCUUGGAGCGACUGAGUCGAUUUUCCACCUGGACGACACUGAUUAAGGUGGUAGCCAGAAUUAAAAGACUUGGGUCUAGGCAGAGCCAUUCAGCUGGUGAAGUUGUGACCGUUGAGGAACGCUCGAGAGCCGCUAAAGUGGUGUUUCAGCUCGUUCAGCUGCAAGCCUUUCCCCAAGAUCAAAGGACGUUGCAAAGAAAUCCCAGUGGGAGCACUAUUCCAAACUCAAGUCCUCUUCGUCACCUCGACCCCAUUUUGGAGGAGGGACUUAUUCGCGUUGGAGGAAGACUUAAAGGUUCCACUCUCAGCCAAGAACAAAAGCACCCCAUCAUUCUCCCUAAGGACAGCUACAUUACCAAGCUGAUUUUAUCCCAUUACCACGAAAAGACCUGUCAUCAAGGUCGAAAUCAGACUAUGAAUGAGCUGCGAGCAAACGGAUUCUGGCCUCUCGGUGGGAAUAAGUCAGUCGCCAAAUUAAUACAUGAAUGUGUGAGAUGCCGGAGGCUCAGAAGACCGACUGAAGAGCAACGAAUGUCUGAACUCCCCAGAGAGCGCUGUGAAGUCUCUGCUCCUUUCACAUUCUGUGGAAUGGAUUGUUUCGGCCCAUUCAUCACUAAACAAGGCCGCAAGGAGUGUAAGAGAUACGGACUUAUCUUCACAUGCUUAGCUUCUCGAGCAGUUCAUCUUGAAAUGCUGGAAGACAUGACCACGGACGCUUUUAUCAACGCCUUGAGGUGCUUUAUUAGCCUUAGAGGAGCUGUUAGUCACCUUUACUGCGAUCAGGGCUCAAACUUCGUGGGUGCGAAGAACGAGUUAAAGGAAGCGCUCAAGCAAUGUGACGCAGAGGCUUUGAAAGCUUUUCUUGCGGACAGACAGUGUGAAUUCAUUUUCAACGCCCCGUCUGCGAGUCAUGCAGGCGGGGUGUGGGAACGCCAAAUUCGGUCUAUUCGUAAUGUGCUGAACAUCACAAUUGCUCAAUGUCCAGGUAGAUUGGACGAUGCUUCCCUGAGAACCCUACUCUACGAAGCUAUGGCCAUCGUCAACAGCCGUCCACUAAAUGUUGAUGGAAUUAAUGACCCAAUGACUUUGGAACCUUUAACUCCAAACCACCUUGUACUGAUGAAGUCUAAGGUCGCCUUACCACCUCCAGGAAAGUUCGUCAAAGAAGAUAUGUAUGCUGCAAAGAGAUGGCGCAGAGUACAGUUCUUAACUGAACAAUUCUGGAGCCGGUGGAAGAAAGAAUACCUCUUGAAUGUGUCUACGAGGCAAAAAUGGCACGUACCUCGACGCAACUUGCAAAUAGACGAUAUAGUCAUCAUCAAAGAGGAUACACUUCCAAGGAAUCAGUGGCAAUUAGCUCGUGUAGUCGAGACUACAGAAGGAUCAGAUGGUUUGGUUCGUAGAGUAAAGGUUCAAGUUGGAGAUAAAGGACUACAACAGAAACAAAGUCAUAGCUACAAACAUUCAAUUAUUGAACGGCCAAUUCAAAAAUUGGUACUUCUCAUUGAAGAUAAAACCAGUAAGUUAACGCCUUGUUAAACUAAGGGAAAACACUUACAUCAGACGUGUUCAGUUAAGGAAUGUGAAACAAGUUUAUGUCUGCUUGCUACUUAUAUUCAUAUCCUUUAUAGUCUGCUUUUCCAUAGUCUAGAAAUCAUGUUCUGAAUAACUGUUGGUUAAUUCCUUUCUUUUGAAUUCAUUCAGUAUAACAUGAUUUGGUGGGAGUGUAAGUGGCCACUAGAGGUCACUAAGUUCAUGCUUCCAUUGAAUGUCAAUCAUAUUACCGGGUUGAGACUGCAACCCCGGAAUCUGAAUAGCGACAGAUGGUUUCUCUGCUUGUGUUUUCUUGCCUGUGUCUGGGGGACUUGGAUAUGCCUUUUUGAUUAUAAAGUCAGCGAUUGUUGCAAGCAGCAUUAUAUUGAGGAUUUGCAGUUGCACCCCUUGGUGAGCGGAAUGAGUUUUCACGGUGCUUAUGAAGAAGAUUGAAAAUAAAUGAUUAACGUUACACCCGUUAGAGACUCUCUGCUUGUUAUCGGGAAACCAGGGGGCAGCUAUAAUGUUGCAAGAUUUCUUUGAUUU